AUGUGUAACUACCGGUGUAACCAUAAUGCGGAUGAGCUCUUAAACACAAAGGUCCCGCUGCAAACGGCGUUCUUCCACAUUCUCAGUCGCCCCAACCAGAUUAUCGAGGGCCCGCUGGAACCGAGGACGCGGGAGGGCGUUUGCGUGCGCAAUAUGAAGACCGAAGUAGAUAUAUCCGAUGUGGAAAGGGGAAGCAGCGAUAGUGGCCAGAAGGAGAGUCCCAAAUCUGGCUUCUUUUCGUUGUUCCUCACUCGCGAAUGCAACAAGAAGCCCAAUCCAAGUCCAGAUGACGCUCAAAGCCAGGAGGAAAUACUGGGGCAAGGAGAUCACUGGCGAAGGACGGAAGUUCUGAAAGUCAAAGAGAAUCAUCCCGGCUGGCCCAGGUUGGCCGCGGUCAUUGAAAGCGAUGCGAAUUUCUUGAUAUUCCGCAAGUUUGGAUUCUUGCGGACUAGGUUAGUGGUGUGGCACCAAGACCGUCUGAGGGAGCUGGAGGAGAGGCUGAGAGAUCUGGAUGACGUGGACUUCAAGACAGAUGAAAACACUCAAAGGGCACUUUGCGACCGCGAAGGGGACGACAGGAGAGAACCUGCAUCGCGGAGGGAAUUGUUUGAGAGGCUCAGCUACGAGCUCCAAAAGUAUGAUGACCUUUUGAGACGAUACGCUGAGCUGCAGCAGUAUGAUGCGCCGAGCGAACGGGACCGGGAGUCUGUUGCUGGACUGAUCUGGAACGAUGGCCACCUGUGCCUUCGUGACAGAAGCUACAUCAAACAUGUCGACGACUUGAUUGCUCUUUGUAGCAACAAGGAGACCAGUAAGAUGCAUGGCCUUCUCCUGGAUCUUGUUGCAAAAGUCGGAAGAGGGCGGCCGUUAUUUCGUUACCUCUUCCGGAAUAAACUGCAGCAAGAGAAACUUGAUGGCGAUACCGAAUUGCACUUGGAACUGUUCGACAAAAGCCGGAUUGACGCCUUUGUCGCGUUUCUCUUUACCAUGGUGCUGGUAUUCUUGAUCAUGGGACCAGUGACGGUGUUGUACAAGAUGAGAGACAGUGACGGCUAUCAACAAUUGGCGAUCGCAUUAGCAUCCACGACUAUGUUCGCUGGGUUGGUUGCAAUUGCCACAAGUGCAAGGAGGCAUGAAAUCUGCGGAGCCACAGCAGCGUAUUGUGCCGUGCUGCUGGUAUUCAUGGGACAGAGUCAUUGA